GGCCCUAUAAAAACACAGGCGAGGGUCUCUCCCCCGACAUUGAUUACACUGGAUCUGUCCCACCUCAGUACCGUCUAGUAACCCCUAAGGGAGAAACAGCAGCCAUGAACACUCAACAGAUGGAGCAGAUGGGCCAGUUCAAGAUCACAGUCUGGGAGGAGGAGAACUUCCAGGGAAAGCGCUGUGAGUUCAUGCUGGAGUGCCAGAACAUCAUGGAGAGGGGCUUCAACAAGAUCCGCUCCAUCAAGGUCGAGAAUGGGCCUUGGGUGGGUUAUGAGUACCCAGAGUUCCAGGGACAGCAGUUUAUCCUGGAGAAGGGAGACUACCCUCGCUACGAGGCCUGGAGUGGAAACAGCAGCUACAGAACCGAGCACAUGCUUUCCUUCAGACCCAUCAAGUGCGCUAACCACAGUGACAGCAAGGUGACCCUGUACGAGUGUGAGGACUUCCAGGGCCGUAAGUUUGAGAUGUGCGAUGACUACCCCUCCCUACAGGCCAUGGGCUGGUGCAGCAAGGAGGUUCCCUCCAUCAAAGUCAACUCAGGAGCCUGGGUUGCCUACCAGUUCCCUGGUUACCGUGGCUACCAGUACAUCCUGGAGAGAGACAGACACCAAGGCGAGUACAGACACUACAACGAGUACAGCACCCAGGCUCACACCAACCAGGUGCAGUCCAUUCGUAGGAUCCAGCACUAAGCCUUCAUUCUGCCUGCCUGACCUAACCUGAAACAAAAAAACUCUCCCCGAAACCCCUUCCUCAACUUGAACCCCCGGACACACCGCUGUCACAGAACAGUAGAUGGACAAACUCUUUCUAUCACUCUGUGGCUCUGCAUGUAUGGAUAUCUAAGUACCUACUUCUUCUACCAUGCUAAAACAUGUUCUUGAAAUAGGAAAUAAAGGCUUUUCUUCAAAACUAGA